GAGAUUUAGAUUUCAGAGGAAAAUGAGCCCUAAUUUUGAGGCUAAAAGGAUUAGAUUUGAUUUGGAAAGUGAGCAUCAAUUAUGUCCGUACAGUAAUUUUGUCACACAUACCUGUCCUAUAGCAAUUACUGUGCGAUUCUUAACAAAAAGAUAUAUCAGUGAAUACAGCUCUAGUAGAGAUUUUUUAUACACACAUUCCGUUAAAUUUGAUGAUAUAAUGACAGAAAUGGAAAUUUUAGAUACUUCUGGUUGUAAGAACGCUCAGUGUCUGUACGAUCACAUCAGUUGGGGAAAUGCUUUCGCGAUUGUCUACUCCAUCUGCGACAAGAAGAGCUUCAUUCAGGCCCGACAUCUACUCGAAACCAUAUCUGUGCUCAAAGGGCCGGGAAUGUACCCAAUCCUGCUUUUGGGUAAUAAAACAGAUUUAGCCGAACAUUCACGACAGGUUGAGGUAACCGAAGGGCAAGAGAUGUGUGUCCAAUACCAGUGCCAGUUCUUUGAGGUGUCGGCCGCCGAUAGUUGUAUUGGUGUGAGUCUCGCAUUUCAAAGUCUCAUCAAACAAGUCUAUCCAUUGCUGGCAAUUAGAAAUAUGCCGGCAAACAGGCGUAAGUCCAGCGCCGGUAUUGCGGUAUCCAAAAUGAUUGGUAUGGUUUUUGGCAAAAAUGGCAAAAACAGUCGAAACGGCAAAAAGAAAUCACUUUCCAUAUAA